AUGGAUAAUGAAUACAAUCGAUAUUAUAUAAAAAUUCGAACUAUUUUGGGGAUAAAUCCAAAGACGAUUCACGAAGAACUUGCAACAGCUUUGGGAUCUAAGGCUCCAUCAUAUCCAACAGUUGCAGGAUGGGCAAAGCGUUUUCGUGAAGGAAGAGAAGAUGUCAAUGAUGAUCCUCGAUCUGGUCGUCCAGUAUCCGAGCUGACAGAUGAAAAUAUUGAAGUAGUUCGAGAGGUUAUCAACAAUGAUCUACAUUCAACUUAUGAUGAUAUUGUAGCUGAGACAUUUCUCUCUCAUGGUACAAUAGAACGAAUUAUCCACAAUUGUCUCAAGAUGAAAAAAAUUACAUCACGUUGGGUACCCCAUCAACUGACUGAUGAACAAAAGCAAGAACGUGCUAAACUUUGUCGUGAAAGUUUGGCGAAAUUCCGUGAUGGUUCUUGGCGAUUAUGUGAUAUUAUAACAGGUGAUGAGACGUGGAUUUACCACAGGCAGAUUCAUUGCAACUCAACAAAUGCAAGCUGGGUUGGCGAAGAUGAAUCACCAACUACUAUUGUUCGUCGAGAUAAAUUUGAACCAAAACAUUUAUUUUCUAUUUUCUUUAAAUCAAAUGGCCCUGUUCUUAUACAUGCUGUUGACGAAGGCAAGACUAUAGAUCACAACUAUUAUAUUGAAAAUUGCCUCAAGCCUGUCGCGAAGGAAUUAUGA